UUUUGCUCACAGAUGUUCACCUUUUUAUAAGUAAGAAAUAUCGGCGCUUUAAUGCCGCUUAAAAAAAAUCUGAAAAAGUUGAAAUAUUACGAACAAUAUUACGAUGUUAUACAAUUCUGAGAGUAGCCUGUAGCGCAUGCAGAUAGACUGGAUUAGGAGCACGGGAAGUUUAUUUGAAUAAUUAUUCGUUUGCUUAUUCGAUUAUUUACUUAUUGUUGCGUCUGAUUAUCGUCUAAUAAGGAAGAGUCGAUUUCAAGCACCCACAGAAACGGCUUAAUAUCGAGAAUGUGAUAUUAACUGUCAUAAAAAAGCCAAUCGACAUCCCUGUGGGGGAGCUUUAGCUCUCUUAACCCUGUUUUAAUACGCUAUAUUAUAGUAAGAUUAGAAAUUCCCACUAGGCUGGUUUUAGCUGUUUUUUGUGUUCCUGCACUUCAUUAUCUAUCAACUUAUAAUGUACUUUUAGCAUAAAAGAGGAAAAACGCAUUUAUAAUUUGUAUUUCUUGAUACAACUGACAGAAUUUGAAAGCUGUGCUGCGUUUAUUAAAAGCAUCAAAGCACACAAUCAUUGCAGUGCAAUAUCGUUAUAUACUUCACUUUAUUAUACCAUGAACUGAAACGCUUGUAAAUAGUUAAUGUUAAAGCCUGCCAUAACGAAUGCAACAAUGGAAAUAUUGUUUCCAAGCAUAUCCCUCUGUCCCAGCGAGUAUGAGCCAUGAAUAUUAGUAGUGUAAGAAAGGGUUCAAUAAGAGGGCAAAGGGAAGUGGAUUGGGUGUGAGAUGAUAACCAGUUGUUCCUGUUCAGUCUCUUAAUAAAUAUUCGCGAUAUUAAGCUGUUUCCGUGGGUCCUUAAAAUGUACUAUUAGCAUCCGCAACAUUUUAUUUAAAAAGAUAGUUUUACAGUGUUAUAAAAAUAGCCUAAAACAAUGAAACAUUCUGUAUAGGUUAUUUUUUAGGUUAUUUUAUUUUAUUACGUCAUUUUAUGGUUGCAAAAAUCAACCGAAAAACGCUGUGUAAACAUAAAUCGUUCCGUUCUUUCAACCCUGUGAUGCAGACGUCAUGUCCGUUACUGUAAAACCCGCGAGACACAACAAACACACAGCUCCGAUCACAGCCUCAUCCUCCUGGUGUUAACCUUGUUCUUCUUUGUUUUAUUGUCGUUGUUGUUGUUGUUUUUGGCUUUUUAUUUAUGCAUUGAACAACAAAUACAGAAAAAAAAACAAUAGGCAUUAAAAAAAGAAUCAAAAAAGAAUAAAGAAAGAAACAAAAACAAUCAGAGACAUAUACAGUCAAAAUUUUAGAGACAGAACCCAACCGGACAGUUCUGAUCGCCUUUCUAUUAGGGUUUCUUUGAAUAGUAUAAAAAUAUGUUUCCAGAUCUUUAUAAAACACUGUGACACAGGAGAAUGUGAAACUUGAGUAAGAUAAGUAGAUUAAUAACAAAGGCUUCGUUAUUCACAUCACCUUGACUGAAAUAUCCCAAAACUAUUUUCUUUUAAACGCUAAUUCAAAUUAAAGAGUAGCUUUUGUUUGAUAAACACACAGACGACUUUCUGACGUAAGAACAGUGCCAGAAGAUGUGUGUGUGAAGAGCAAAAAGAGCAGUUCACAUGGAUAUCCUUCUGAAACUUGUUUAACAGGGUGGAGUGUAUCAAUACUUUUGAAGGAGAACUUCAAAAUACUUGAAAAUACGGCAUGAGAGCAUGCAACGAGCAUAAGGUCAACGAAAACACUUCUCAGAAACGAAAUAAACAAUAUAUUUGCAGGCUGGCAGGCAAACAGGACAAAAACCACACGCAUAUCAAAGACGAGAACCGUGCUUAACAAAAUCCUUUAAAUAAACACAAAUAUAUUCCUCUCUUAAACGUUUUGUUUUGCAGAAUUUUCCAGCAAUGGGCAACAAGCUGUCAGCUCUGAAAGAACACGGCUACUCUCUAGUGAGCGAAGAGGAGAAUAAGGUCCUGGUGAAAAAUGAAGGCGGUGAACAGUUUGUCAUUAAAAAGUUAAACGAUAACCAGGAGGAAUCAAUGUUUCUCUCCCGUCUCGAUCACCCACACAUUGUCCAGCACAAGGAAUUUAUCAGAGUUUCGGGCUGUUUGUAUCUUGUGCUGGAGCACUGUGAAGGUGGAGAUCUCGCUCAGAAAAUCCAAAAGAAAAGGACGGAUAUCAUGACGUUUUCUGAGAAUGAGAUUCUGGGCUGGAUUGUGAAGAUCUGCAUGGCUCUAAAGUACCUGCAUGAUCAACAGAUUCUGCAUAAACACCUGAAACCCAAGAGUAUAUUCUUCACUACAUUUGGAACCAUCCGUCUUGGAGAGUUUGGAGUGGUCCAUCAACGGUCCACUGAAGAUCAAGUAGCAGAAAAUACACCUUCUUCAUAUAUCGCACCUGAGAUUUUGAACGGCCAACCUUAUGAUGAAAAAACUGAAGUCUGGAUGUUGGGGUGUGUCAUCUAUGAGCUGUGCAUGCUGGAGAGUGCGUUCCCUGCAACAUUCACAGUUGAGACUGUUACAAAGGUACUCACAUCCUCUUAUAAAGCUCUUCCUGAGACUUUCUCUGAGGAUCUUCGCCAACUGGUAACAGACAUACUUCAGACCAAUCCUGCAAAUCGCCCAUCUGCCAGUGAGAUCUUGACCAGACCUUUUAUCAUUCUCUAUCUCCGUGAAAAGAACAUGCAAACUAUUAAGUCCCUUUAUAGGACACUAGAGGAACUGAGAGCCCUGGCUGACGAUUUGGAAAAAGUCCAUUUCAAAACAACUGUAGGCAGCCUCACCGGAGGUGUCCUAGGACUGGCUGGAGGAAUCACAUCCAUAGCUGGACUUAUUCUCUCUCCAUUCACUCUGGGAGCAUCUCUGAUAGUAACUGGUGUGGGAAUCGGUGCGGCAGUGGCUGGAGGAGUAACAGCUGGCGCCAGCAAUAUAACAAACAUGGUUAACCAGAAAACCAAUCGGCAAAAGAUCAAAACGCUCAUAAAAGAGUUCCAAGAAAAAUUCAGUUCCACAGUUUGCUGCAUCCAAAACAUCCAGACAGCCGUGGAAACUUUACAGCAGUGGUCCACAAGUGAUGACUCAUUUUCCAAUGCAAGCCCCGGUGCAAACGCUGGAGCUCGACUCGGGCGAGGACUGGGAGGAAUCCCGGAGAUUCUCCGUCUAAUUGAAGUUGUAAAUGUAGGAAAGGUCGCAGCUCAGGCUGCGAGAGCCGUUCGUUUGGCUGAAGCAGCUACUGGAGUCUUGUCUGCACUCUUUGUAGCUGUUGAUGUCUUCUUUGUUUUUCUGGACUCCAGGGAAAUCCACAACAUCCGCCAAGAUUACGCACAAAGAGAGAACCAACGAGAAUCAGAAUCCCCAAGCAACCAAACCGCUGGGUCGACCGACCAGGGGCCAAACAACAGUGAGACAACGAACCUGCUGCCUUCAGAUGCUCAGCAGGCAGAAGAGCUGAAGUCUGAGACCAUGAAGUUUGUGACAAAAAUAAAGGAUAUGACAGAGGAGCUUCAGAAAAUUCUGGAUACACUUCGAGAUGCGCUGCAGCCAAACUGAGCUGCUAAACACUGACCACAAAAAUUGUCAGUAAAGCUCAGUCAGCGUCAGAGAUUAUAAUCAUAGAAUAUCUGGUGGUUUUAACUGUAUGUUUUGGGCUUUUGUGAUUAAAUAUCCAAAUUAGCAUUGCUAGUUUCAAUAAAGCUACGACAAAGCAAUAAAUUAAGCUUAACAUUCCCAUAAUUUUAAGAAUCUGUAUCGGGACUUCUUUUGAUGUUUUGAAAAUCAGAAAAUAUAAGCAUUAAAAUCUUUUUCUGUCUGUGAGUGUCUGCUUAUUUACUUAUCUUUCACUUCUUCUGAAAUAAAUAUAUCAGAAAUGCUAACAUGUACAUUAUCUUUCAAAUCAAGUCAUUAUAUUUUAAUAUUGUACAUUUGUUUUUACCAUGAUAUGAUUGCAUGUCUCAGUUCAGCUCUGGGUUGAUAAGGAAUUCUGUUUACGUAGCACUUUAUGCAGAUGAUAUGAACCUUUCCAGAAUGUGACAUACAGUAUAAUUAAACCAAUCAUCUUCAAUGCUCCAAAUAAGCCACUGCUUCAAAUCUGUUUUUGGCACUUUAGAUAGUUUUUUUAAUGCUUAGCGAUCUUGCAAAAUACUAUGAAAGACUGGCGUAAUUCACAUCUACCU